UUGGCUGGGACUGGGACCGGGACGGCAGGGCGAAAGGACGGCUCUCUGCUGCGGGAAGUACGCGCACAUCUCGGAGCUUUUCUUUCCCGCGUUGUCCUCCCGAAAUUCCUUCCCCUUUUGGUGUUUCCUCCAUCGGCUUUUCCCCUCUGCGGAGAUGAGGACAUAACCAGCUUCGUGGGGCCCCCAGCUGCGUAAAAGUUUGAAGUGGCCGACAGUUCAGACAGGAGAAGAAGAAGAAGAUGAUGCUGGCGUUCGAGACCGUCGUGCUCUGCCUUCUCCUCGGAGCCCUGACUCACGCCCAGAAAGCAGACUGCAACCAGAAGAGAGAAUGUCCCAUACACCUGUACUUCACCAUCGACACGUCUGAGACCAUCGCGCUGCAGGAGUCGCCCCCUGGAGCGUUGGUGAAAAGCAUCCGGUCAUUCACGGAGCAGUUUGUACGGCGAUUGAACGAUGAAGAAAUCCGGGGCGCUGUCAAAGUCACCUGGGGCAUCGGUGGACUGCACUUCUCCCAGACUCAGGAGGUUUUCAGCCCCAUCCAAGGAAAGGACGCCUUCAUCUCCGAUCUCGUGAGAAUUGAGAAAUACCUUGGAAAAGGCACCUACAUCGACUGCGCUCUCCGAAGAAUGUCCGAGGAGAUGCUGCUUGGACCCUCUUCGAGCGGCACACCCCUCCGGUUCGCCGUGGUCAUCACCGACGGCCACGUGACCGGAAACCCCUGUGGAGGCAUCAAGGUGUCGGCGGAAGACGCGCGUGAUAAGGGCAUCAGGGUGUUUGCCGUGGCGGCAUCGACGAACAUCGAGGAGACGGGACUGAAAGAGAUUGCCAACUCCCCGGCGUCGGUCUUCAGAGAUAACUUCAUGGCUGUGGACCUGAGCAGGGGCAGACCUGCCAUACAUACCGCAACGAUAGACCGCAUCAUCCAGACAAUGAGACAUAUGGCGUUUGUAGACUGUUAUAACGUGUCCUGCCUGGAGACAGAAGGGCAGCCUGGUCCAAAAGGCCACAGAGGACAGAAAGGAGCAAAAGGAGACAAUGGAGAAGCAGGACAAAAAGGUGAAAGAGGUCGCCCAGGAGACCCCGGCAUUGAAGGUCCCAUCGGUCAACCGGGUACUAAGGGUGAACCUGGUCCCAAAGGCGAGAAGGGAGAGAUUGGAACUCAAGGCAAAAAGGGUGUGGCUGGUAUUCCAGGACGUAACGGAACCGAUGGACAAAAGGGCAAAAUUGGACGGAUUGGUGCCCCGGGUUGUAAAGGAGAUCCAGGCGACAGAGGUCCCGAUGGUCAUCCAGGAGAUGUCGGCGAACGUGGCCCUCCAGGAACUGAUGGGGAGAAGGGUGACCCUGGGCGUCCUGGAAGAGCUGGUCCCCCUGGCCCGCCUGGAGAAGGUGGACCACAGGGAGAAAGAGGAAGUAAUGGAUCACCUGGCCUUCCUGGCAAUAAAGGAACCCCUGGUCUCCCUGGAACUGCGGGAAAACGAGGCGAGGAAGGAAGAAGAGGAGACUACGGGCCUAAAGGUGAACCUGGACUAGAUGGUACCAAGGGAGAGAAGGGUGAAAUGGGACCAGAGGGCUUGAGAGGAGUCCCUGGAGGACCAGGAGGCAAAGGUGCAAAGGGAGACACUGGCUUGCCAGGACCUAGAGGACCAGCAGGAGCUUCAGGGGAGCCUGGAAAAAACGGCACCAGAGGAGACCCUGGUGAUAUUGGACCGAGAGGAGAGCCUGGGCAGCCUGGACCAAAGGGAGAUGCUGGAAGACCUGGUUUUAGCUAUCCUGGACCGAGAGGAGAUCCAGGUGACAGAGGGGACCCGGGCAAGCGUGGACCCCCUGGCAGCAGAGGAGACUGUGGUCAGAAGGGAGAACCCGGAAAUAAAGGAACUCCAGGAGAUCCGGGUGAACCAGGGCCCACUGGGGAACCAGGGCAAAGAGGACCAAGAGGAGGUCCUGGUCGUGAUGGAGAUCCAGGUCCAGAGGGAGAUCCCGGACUUACUGAAUGUGAUGUCAUGAACUACAUCAGAGAGACGUGUGGCUGUUGUGACUGCGAGAAACGCUGUGGAGCCUUGGACAUUGUCUUUGUUAUUGACAGCUCAGAGUCUGUGGGACUCACCAACUUCACCUUGGAGAAGAACUUCGUCAUCAACACCAUCAACAGACUGGGAUCUUUUGCCAAAGACCCGCAGUCCGAAACAGGCACAAGGGUUGGUGUGGUACAGUACAGCCAUAAUGGGACCUUCCAAGCAAUCAAUCUCAAUGACAGCAACAUCAACUCAUUGACGGCGUUUAAGGAAGCUGUGAAGCGAUUAGAGUGGAUCGCAGGAGGAACCUGGACUCCAUCUGCUCUUAAGUUCGCCUACGACAACCUGAUCAGGCACAGCCGGCGAGCCAAAGCCAACGUCACGGUUGUCGUGAUUACGGACGGACGCUUUGACCCAAGAGACGACGACAGGCUGCUGCCAUAUCUGUGCAAUCACCCGGGCGUCGAUGUGAGCGCCAUCGGUAUCGGAGACAUGUUUGAGCAGGUCGAGGAGAACGAGAGUCUGCAGAGCAUUGCCUGCCAGAAGCAGGGCAGAGUGAUGGGAAUGAGGCGAUUCGCAGACCUGGUGGCAGAGGAAUUCAUCGACAAGAUUGAGACUGUGCUCUGCCCUGAUCCUGCCAUCAUAUGCCCUGAUCUUCCAUGUAAGUCAGGAGGGGGCGUCACUCUAGGGGAAGCCCCGCCCCCCUGGAAGCCACUGGCCGAAGAAGGCAGCCCCUCUCUAGUCCCCACCUCACUGGAGAGUGUGGCCGGCCUGCUGAGCAACCUGAACAAGCAGCAGUAUGGGGUUGGCAUAGCAGCCAUGGCGUACACAGCCCAGAGAGCCAAACUCUCCCAGGGAGUGGACAGGGAGCAGUGGACCAAGCUGUUCAUCGACUCAUUUAAAUAUGUCUAUGGCGACCUUAUGGGAGACCCCGAGAAAGCCCUUGGGCUUUGUUAGUGCUACAGUCCUAACCAUGCUACCUCGCCUCAAUGACCUUGACUAAUAAUAAGCUUGCUAAAAUGACUUGAUUUGUGUUGAAAUCGUUUUUUUUUUUUUUUUCUGCAGGUGCAAUACAUGUACAGGCCAGUGAAAUGAACUGCAUGAAGCUUUGAGAGCAAACUUGUGUGUUUUUGUGCAAAUGUGACGAAGACAAAUAAUUCAAAAUGUAGCUCAGGCUCGCUCUCCUGCGACAGCGUUUUAGGGCUGUUGUUGAUAAAAAAAAAAAAGAAAAAAAAAUAUGUCAAUUUCCGGCACAAAAAUGAAAAAAAAAAAAAUUGAAAUAUUUCCUAAAGUAAUUUUUCCCCCUUUUGAUACUAUAAAUUUCCAAGUUGUUUGUAGCAAAAUUCUGAGAUUAAUCUCAAAAUUUCAGAUUUUUUCAGGGCGUGAGAGGAAUUUUCCACAUCGACAUCAGAAAUGUCCUGUCUUUUUUCUAGAAAUUGUCUGUUUUUUAUAGCAACUUUUUGACUUCAAUCUCAGAAAUUUGCAAAUUUCAGAUCAAUCUCAAAAUUUCAAACUUUUCAGUGAAAAUUUCCUCCUCCUCCUUUUUUUUCUAUCUAACAUGCAGUCGUAACGCGUUUUUUGUCUCCCAGAGAAACAUGUUUGUUUCGUACACAUAAUAUUUUUGGGUUUUUUGCAUAUUAGUCGAUUUUGAGUUAAAAUGGAAAACAGAUGUCGUCCAUUUGAUGGUGUCGACUGUAGACCCGUUCAUGUUGCUUUUGCACAGUGGCCCUGUGAUGAAGCCUCGUUUCCACUGUGAAUCAUGAGCUUUAUGAGUCACUCGAAAUGUUUCCCAACUUUUUUUUCCUUCUUUUUCUUUUCUUUUUUUUUUUUUUUUUUGCUGUUUUGCACAUAUCCAUGGUUACAGCCUUUACUUUUAUCCCAUGUGAGUGUUUUAUGGUGGCUUCAAGUAAUUACAUGGAAAUAAUGUGGUCUAUAAAUACAUUUCACAUUAUUUUGUAUAUGAGUCAGAGGCCUUUGUAUGUGUAUGUUUGGUUGAUUUGCUUGGCUCGGUCAGACAAGGAAAUAUUGUACAUUAUACUCCUGGCUGGUGCAUGACUCUUACAGCAUGUGGCUUGGUCUAUGAAGUUUGAUGACUAGAAAGAAUUGACCACCUUGUAGCUUUAACCAGGUGUUACUUUACCUAUAGCUCUGUGACUGCACCUAUCAGAUGUGAACAAUGUUGUUUUGAAUAAAAUGGAAUGUAAUCAAUCUUUAUGUGUUGGCAAGAAAUAAAACAAAAUGGCAGAGCAAACUCAAACAGCACUGUUUUUGUUGAACAUUAAUAGCAUUGAUCAACGCUGGCAUGUAAAGAGUUGUUGCAUGUUAUUGUAUUUUCUCAGCCUCAACUUUUUGAACAUCUGCGCUCCAGCUGUUGCUGACUGUACACUACGCUUUGUGUGUGUGUGUGUGUGUGUGUGGGUCUG